AGCGCCUGCUGUGCAGAAAGAAGACGAAGAAGACUCUGUAGUCUUCGGCUGCUUUCGGAUCCUAACGGUUGGCGUGUUUAAAUCUUCGGCUUUAGACUGAAGUGAAGAAAGAAACACAGAAAGACGGAUAACGGGCUACGGAAGACGACAGACGGAGUGUGGUCCCGGUAUGACGGUGCUCCAGGAACCCGUCCAGGCUGCAGUGUGGCAGGCUCUGAACCACUACGCCUACUUGGAUGCUGUUUUCCUGGCUGAGAGACUCUACGCUGAAGUGAGGUCGGAGGAGGCCCUCUACCUGUUGGCCACGUGUUACUACCGUUCUGGGAAGCCUUAUAAGGCUUACAGGCUGCUGAAGGCUCAUAGCUGCUCCACACCGCAAGUUCGAUACCUGCUGGCAAAGUGCUGCGUGGAGCUGAGCAAAUUGGCUGAAGGGGAACAGGUUCUGAUUGGUGGAGUUCUUAAUAAACAGAAGAGUCAAGAUGACAUCAUCACCGAGUUUGGAGACUCUGCUUCCUUCACGCUGUCUUUACUGGGGCACAUUUACUGUAAGACAGAUCGUGUUGCUAAAGGUGCAGAAUGUUUUCAAAGAUGUUUAACGCUGAAUCCCUUCCUGUGGUCACCGUUCCAGAAGCUCUGUCACCUAGGAGAAAAACCAGAUCCAGAUCAGGUCUUCAGGUUGUCAUCACUGCAAAACACAUCUACAGCCCCGCCGCCUCCUGCUGGUCCUGUCCAAAACCCCUCCCACAGACUAGACACCGUACUUAUGGAAACACCACAGGAUACACUGGAGCUUAACCGUUUGAAUCUAGAAUCUUCUCAUGGAAAACUGACAUCUGAUUUGUCGGUCUCCUACAUCGACUCUUCUCUCAUCUCUCCGGAAACUGGCUCCCUUUUGGCCAGUACGGUGUCGAUGGGUUCAGCUGGCUCCCUGUUAGCCAAACCGAACAAAUCCAAGAGUGGGCGUAGUUUACUUGGAGGACCAGCAGCACUGAGCCCACUUACGCCCAGUUUUGGAAUUCUACCCCUGGAUCCCAGCCCCGGUGACCCCACAUAUCUACAGAACUACUCAACUACUAUGGAAACGCAACCAACAGCGCCCAACAAGAAGACUGUGUCCAGAAUCGCUCAGUCAAAAUCUGUCUUCAGUCAGAGUGGAAACAGCAGAGAGGUUCUUCCCAUCCCCUUCAACCAGUCACAGAGCUCCACACCUCACACCAGUGGGUCUCCUCAGGUUCUUAUUCCCAGUAUGUCUGGACCUCCCAAUGUUCAGCCCAGAAGAAGCUCCAGACUAUUUACUAGUGCCAGCUCUACUGCAAAGGAGAACAGUAAGAAGUUAAAGAUGAAGUUUCCCACAAAGAUUCCAAACAGGAAAACUAAAUGUAAAUCAACAAAGACAUCAAAUGGCAGCAACCUGAAUGAGAGCCUGGACAUCUUGAGGCUGGACUCAAGUUUACCUGACAGCAAGAUCCCCCAGUACCAGAGAGCUGCUGCAGAUAGUGUAAUGGCAUUAUUACGGGAACUGGGUCGCGGUUACCAGUCGCUGUGUUCAUAUAACUGCAGAGAUGCCAUCAACAUCCUCGCCUCACUCCCUCCUCAACAUUACAACACCGGCUGGGUGCUUGCACACAUCGGCAGAGCCUACUUCGAACUGGCAGAGUACACACAGGCAGAGCGCCAUUUCAGCGAAGUUCGUCGGAUUGAGUCUUACAGAGUUGAAGGGAUGGAGAUUUAUUCCACCACUCUAUGGCAUCUACAGAAAGAUGUGGCCCUGUCUACACUGUCCAAGGACCUGACUGACAUGGACAAGAACUGUCCUGAGGCUUGGUGUGUUGCAGGAAACUGUUUUAGUUUACAAAGGGAGCAUGACAUCGCCAUCAAGUUCUUCCAGAGAGCCAUCCAGGUGGAUCCAGGGUUUGCCUACGCAUAUACUCUACUGGGUCACGAGUAUGUUCUGACGGAGGAGUUGGACCGAGCGCUUGCCUGCUUCCGAAAUGCCAUUAGAGUCAAUAACAGACACUACAACGCAUGGUACGGUCUGGGCAUGAUUUACUACAAACAGGAAAAGUUCAGCCUCGCAGAAAUCCACUUCAAGAAAGCUCUGAGCAUCAACCCUCAAAGCUCUGUGCUGUUGUGUCACAUCGGAGUGGUCCAACACGCACUGAAGAAGUCUGACGCAGCUCUGGAGACUCUGAACAAAGCCAUCAGCAUUGAUCCCAAAAAUCCACUCUGCAAGUUCCACCGAGCCUCCAUCCUGUUUGCCAAUGAUAAGUACAAGGCUGCUCUGCAAGAGUUGGAGGAAUUAAAAGAGAUUGUGCCAAAAGAGUCUCUAGUUUAUUUCCUUAUUGGAAAGGUCUAUAAGAAGCUGGGUCAGACUCACUUGGCUUUGAUGAACUUUAGUUGGGCCAUGGACCUGGACCCUAAAGGGGCUAAUAAUCAAAUCAAAGAAGCCAUUGAUAAGCGAUACCUUCCCGAAGAUGAAGCAGCAGACGUGGAGGACAGCCAGGAGAGCAGCAUGACAGACGCAGAUGACGCUCAGCUUCACACAGCCGAGAGCGACGACGUUCUCUAACCCUGCCCCAUCUUGUGCCCUGUCCCCUAUCCAAAACCAGCCAGGGCCUUCUUCCUAUCCCCCUCCCGUUGGUCUGUUUUGCUGGAAGAGUGCAGCCGCCAGCCAAGAUCUGAACAGACAGUAUUGAAAAGUGGCAUCUUGUACUUGCUGAGCCUCACAUUAGCUCGUCCUUGUCCCGAUUUACUGCAAGGAUUCACUAAUACAGACGAAAAAGACUGCUGCUGGCUCUGUAGCCCCGCCCACUUUAUCCUCAUGUCAUCAAACUCCUCCUCAUUUGACCUCAGAACUGGGGUUUUUUAUGUUCUUUUUAUCAUCAUUAUGGUAAUAAAUCAAUAAAAAAACAAAUCUAAAGU